UUCACCUUCCCUCCUGUAGGUGGCGGUAAAAAAAAUGUUUUUGUGACGUUAAGUUCUGAAGCAAAGCGGAAGUGGAUGCAGGGGGCUUGUGGAGCUUCCAGUGUGCCUGAAUCACCGUUGCCAUGGGCUCUCACCUGGCCAAGCGGUAUAUCACCGAAAGGGACACCGAACCGGACCCUACCACGAAGUUCGAGUUUGACCCGAAGAUCGGCUUCGAAGAGAGGAAGGAGAGAGAGAUGAUCGCAACCCAGGAACAGAUGAACCUGGCGCAGCUGCCUUUGGGGCAGAGAGAUUACUGUGCCCACCAUCUGAUAAAGCUCAUGAAGUGCAAGAGGGACAACUGGCCCAACUUCCUGGCUUGCAAGCACGAGAGGCACGACUGGGACUACUGCGAACACCAGGAUUACGUUAUGCGUAUGAAGGAGUACGAGAGGGAGAGGAGGCUCCAGCUGAGGAGGAAGAGGACUGAGGCCAAGGCAGAGGCCGAAGCUGCAUGAUGAGAAAAUCCUGACUCUGCUUCCUUGUAUAUACACCUGCUGUUGUUCACAUUAAACAAUAUUGAUCAAGCUCUA